CUGAAGCCCGCCAGCGGCGCCGGCGCCGACUCCUCGGAGGCUGGUCCCCGCCGCCCUCCCACAUGGAGACCGCGGGCCCGGAGUCCGGCCUCCGGCUGGUGAGCUGGAACGUGAACGGGAUCCGGGCCCGCGGGAAGCAACUGCGGCCCACGCUGCUGAGUCUGGGCGCCCACAUUAUCUGCCUGCAGGAGACCCGAGUGAGCCGAGACCUGCUGGAGGAGGACGUGGCCAUCCUCGAGGGCUUUAACUCCUACUUCAGUCACAGCCGCACACGCAGUGGCUACUCAGGUGUGGCCACCUACUGCACGGACGACGUCGCCCCGUUUGCCGCAGAGGAGGGUCUUUCGGGGCUGCUGUCCGGGAGCGGGGCCGCUCUCCCCCUGGGGCUGACCGACCGGUUCUCUGAACAGGAGCUCCGUCAGCUGGACAGCGAGGGCCGGGCCCUCAUCACGAAGCACCGCCUACGGCUGCCGGAGGAGGAGGGGGAGAAGACACUGGCUGUGAUCAACGUUUACGUCCCCCGGGCCGACCCCGACAACCAGCAGCGCCUCGAGUUCAAACUGCGUUUCUGCCAACUGCUGCAGGCCAGGGCUGAGGCCCUGCUUCAGGACGGAGAGAUUGUGCUUGUACUUGGAGACUUGAACAUAUCUCAUCGGCCCAUUGACCACUGCCAGCCCGGAGACCUGGACGAGUUCGCAGCCCAGCCCGGGCGGAGAUGGUUGGAUGGGUUCGUGUGCCAGGACGAGGAGGGGACAGGAGGCGGGCUCUUCAUCGACACUUUCCGGCUCUUCAACCCGGGCCGGCUGGAGGCCUACAGCUGCUGGCAGACCAGCACGGGCGCCCGGGAGACCAACUACGGCACGCGCAUUGACUACGUCCUGGCUGGCGGCCCCCAGGCCCGGCGCUGGUUGGGGGGCUGCGAUCUGCUGACGGAGGUGCGGGGCUCAGACCACUGCCCCGUACGGGCAUGGCUUAGGGCCCGCUGCCUGCCCACCGCCCGCCUGCCCCCGCUCUGCACCAAGAACCUGCCAGAGUUUGCCGGGGUCCAGCAGACGCUCUCCCGCUUCCUGGUGGCCCUCUCCCGCCCCGACCGUGGUCCACCCUCCCCUCGGGCUUCUGGGGAAGAGGGGGCAGAGUUUCGGCCGGGGAUUGGGGCCAAGUCUCGCCAAGGGGCAGGAGUAGGGGCCAAGCCCGGGCCAGCGAUGGGUGGCAGGAGGGGGAGGAAGGUCAGUGGACGCCCCACCCUGAAUGGGAACCUUCUGGCCUACUUCAAGCCCGCAGAUGCUGGGGGUGCCGGCUCUGGUUCCUGUUCCCCGAGCCCCCUGCCCCCCUCCUCCCCGACUGCGGGGGCCUCGGAGGGAGAGGAAGUGGCGCCGCCCCCCACCGUCUUCUGGAAGGGGCUGCUGAGGGGACGGCCCCCGCCCCCAGCCUGCCCCGGUCACGGCGAGCCUUGCGUCCUGCGUACCGUCAGGAAGGCUGGCCCCAACCGCGGGAGGGGCUUCUACUCCUGCCGCCGCCCCCCGGGACCGGCGCACAACCCCGCCUCCCGCUGCGGGUUCUUCCGCUGGGCAGACUCCACUGGGUGAGUGGACAGGGGCGGUCUGGGACGGAGGAGGGACCUCCGCAGAGACAGAACACCCCCCCCACACACACAGGCACAGAUUUUGUACUUGACUUUUGUUUAUUUAAAUUUUGUAUAAAAGUUUGAAAUAAAUCUCGGUGGGA